CAGACCUCUCUCCCCCUCCAGCUGCAGACCCCACUCCCUAACCGGAUACAGACCCCACUAACCCUCCAGCUGCAGACCCCACUCCCCCUCCAGCUGCAGUCUCCUCUCUCCUCCAACUGGGAAAUCAUCUUCUGAUGUGACCUUUUAUGAGAAGUGUACGUAACUUGGAUAAACUAAUUCUGAAAUACAUUUAUGUUUAAAUAAAAGUAGCCGUUUCCAUUCAGGCUUUUAAUCAGUCUGUGUUUUAGUGAACAUUGUAAAGCUCUUGUACUUCACUUAAGUUUAAGAUUAGAAUUUUUUUUCACAUUCAAACAGAGAUCGGUUUCAUAUACUUAAAAAUAACUCAUAUUGUGUUACACUACAUUAAAGUUAUUUUAAUUAUUAUUUUUGUCACACAAAGGCAUAAAAGAUGCCUGGGGAGGCAACAAUUCACAUGUCCUGUUAUCGAGAAUGGGGCCCGAUAAACUUUUUAUUCUCAGUCCAGAAGACAAGUGCUGUUAAUGAACUCGUAGUCAGGAUUUAAACAGAAGUGAUCUUGAUCUGUUAUUUCUGCUGUCAGUUAUGAGUGGAACAGGUCAUACCUGUCUCUCUAAAACUCCUCCCAUUAAAGAAGUUCAGAGUCCGAGACGACUGCCGUCCUUUUGCAGUGUUCUGCUCUGGUGAAUUUAGUUUUAUUCUCGGUUUAUGGAGAAUUCUGAGUCUCAUUUUCAGCUCUGUGAAAGGAAGUGAUUACUAACUGGACCUGCAAAGUCGUAUAUUAACUUUAAACAAACCUGAAAUCAGGGUGUGAUUACUUUUGAUCAAAGUGAAAGUGAAUCUGAACAUUCGGACUGGAGAGAACAACAACAGCAGCAAAAUAAAAUGGCUUCUAAGUUUUCAGAGGAGGAUUUCUCUUGUCCUGUGUGCGGUGAAAUCUUCACGGAUCCUGUUCUCCUGCGCUGCAGUCACAGUGUGUGUAAAGUGUGUUUGCAGAAGUUCUGGGAGACCAAAGGAUCCAGAGAAUGUCCUGUUUGUAGGAGGAAUUCGUCUAUGGAGGAACCUCCCAUAAAUCUGGCCUUAAAGAACCUGUGUGAGACUUUCUUACAGGAGAGAAGUCAGAGAUCUUCAUCAGCAUCUGAAACAGUCUGCAGUCUGCACAGUGAGAAACUCAAACUCUUCUGUCUGGAUGAUCAACAGCCGGUGUGUGUGGUGUGUCGAGAUUCAAAAAUACACACCAACCAUAAAUUCUGCCCCAUUGAUGAGGCAUUAACAGAUUGUAAGGAGGAGCUGAAAACUGCUCUGAAGCCCCUACAGGAGAAACUGAAGAUCUUUAAAGACUGUAAACUGAACUGGAGUCAGACUGCAGAACAUAUAAAGAUUCAGGCCCAAAACACAGAGCGGCAGAUUAAGGAGGAGUUUGAGAAGCUUCACCAGGUUCUACGAGAUGAAGAGGCAGCCAGGAUAGCUGCACUGAGAGAGGAAGAGGAGCAGAAGAGUCAGAUGAUGAAGGAGAAGAUUGAGAAGCUGAGCAGAGACAUAUCAUCUCUUUCAGACACAAUCAGAGGCGUAGAAGAGGAGCUGAGAGCUGAAGACGUCUCGUUCUUACAAAACUACAAGGACACAGUGAGAAGAGCUCAGUGCACACUGCAGCAUCCAGAGGAGCUUUCAGGACCACUGAUCCAUGUGGCAAAACAUCUGGACAACCUGAAGUUCAGAGUCUGGGAGAAGAUGCAGGACGCUGUCCAAUACACACCUGUAACUCUGGACCCCAACACUGCUCAUCCUAAACUCAUUGUAUCUGAUGAUCUGACCAGUGUGAGAGUCAAUGAUGAGGAACAGAAGCUUCCUGAUAAUCCAGAGAGAUUUGAUUAUGAUUGGUGUAUCCUGGGCUCUGAGGUCUUUAACUCAGGGACACACUGCUGGGACGUUGAAGUAGGAGACUGUACAGUAUGGUUAGUGGGUGUGAUGACAGAAUCUGCUCAGAGGAAGGGAGAUAUAUCCUCCAGAAGUGGAAUCUGGUGUGUGUUGUAUUUUGGUGGUAAAUAUAGAACACGUUCUACACCACAGCCACGCACUCUCCUCUCAGUAACACAGAAGUUCCAGAGGAUCAGAGUGCAGCUGGACUGGAACAGAGGAAAGCUGUCGUUCUCUGACCCUCUCACUAACACACACAUACACACUUUCACACACACAUUUACUGAUAAACUGCUGCCAUUUAUAAUUGUUGCUUGUAAAAAAUCUCCUGUAAAGAUCCUCCCACUUCAGUGCUCUGUAAGAGUGAAUCAGAUCAGUUAGAGCUGUUAUUGUUUUAUUCCAAUUCAUUAAUGAAAUAUUGCUGAUGAAAAGAUUCAUGUUCUUUGUGAAAGUCUGUUUUUACUGAAGCACUGAACACUUCAUUGUGGAAUUUAUUUUGAAGUGUGUAACGACACAAGACGGUUAACAGGAAGUAAGCGCAGGAGCAAUGUCUUUAUUAAUAAACCAAGCAAACAAAACACAGGGAACGCGGUCUAUACUGAACUAGACUAGCUAGAUUAAACAUGGGACUAGAGUCUAGGCAUUACACCAAAACAGGACAUGGAAUAAGACCGCUAGCAUGCUACACGCAUUCGCUACUACAUUCAAACAUAUAGAUCUAAUACUGCGCGAAGUGAGCAGCAGCACAAGGGGUUUAAAUAACCAACAGAAUUAACCUAGAUCACCGACACCCGGAGUAAAUCAACCAAUGCUCGCACACAGGGAGAAUCAAAACAAACGAACCGCGCGUAUCCAUAUACAAGAGUCUCGUGCACGCGCGCUCAGCAGCAGUCUUUGCGCUUCGACGCCGCAGCGCCCCCUGCCGGCGGUAGCGUAACAAAGUGUUCUAUUAUUACUUCGACUCACCUUAUCAGUUACAUCAAAAUAAUGGGAAAACUCAAAAUAAUAAGAUUAUAUCUCGGAUAUUAAUAUAUCUUGAAAUUCCAAGAUAUUCAUUGAAAUAUUUUAAGUAAAAAUAACGACCUACUGUGUUGAAAUAAUGAAUUAUUAAAUAAAAAUAAUGUGAUAAAGUUCAAAUAA